GAAAAUGGGAAAACGCAAAAUAGGAAACCUACGUGUUGUUAUAUUAGAAUCGAACUGGAAGGUAACGAACCUUUUAGCUGCUUCUUCUUCUUACCUAACCGAUAAUAUUUAUUAUUAAUUAAUGUUUGAGAUCCAAACUGUUGAGAGUUGAAACCUUCCCCCCAUCACCGAAUAAAGACACCAGACACUCACUGUUUCACUAAUGCUCUCUUUCCCUCAGCCUCACAUUCUCUUUCCCUCCUUCUCUCCCCUUCGGAUCUUACUUUGCACCAACAAUGUCUGUUGCCGCUGCCUCACCAGCCGUUGGAUCUUUUCUUUUCUCUGUACGAUCUCCCAGGGGCGUUCCUCGCUCCAGGAUGGCCGUCCGAUCUAACGUCGCCUCUGUCACUCCUAUACUCACCAAGUUACAGAAGGAUUGCGCCACACCUUUGCCGGUUCUGCGCCACGUGGCAGACGCCAUGACCGCUGAUAUGCGAGCUGGCCUUGCCGCUGAUGGUAGGGGUGAGCUGAAGAUGAUCUUGAGUUACGUUGACACUUUGCCUACUGGGAAUGAGAAAGGUUUAUUCUAUGCGUUGGAUCUUGGUGGCACAAAUUUUCGGGUUUUGAGAGUGCAACUAGAUGGGAAGGAAGAGCGUGUGGUAGCCACUGAGUUUGAGCAAGUCUCCAUCCCUCAAGACCUCAUGUUUGGUACCACUGAGGAACUUUUCGAUUUUAUUGCCUCUGGAUUGGCCAAAUUUGGAGAAAAGGAGUGUGGGAAGUUUCAUUUACCACAAGGGAGGAAAAGAGAGAUUGGUUUCACAUUCUCAUUUCCUGUGAGGCAGACAUCCAUUGAUUCCGGUAUACUAAUAAAGUGGACUAAGGGUUUUGCUGUCUCCGGAACGGCUGGAAGAGAUGUAGUUGCUUGUUUGAAUGAAGCUAUGGAGAGGCAAGGCUUAGAUAUGCAAGUUUCUGCUUUGGUUAAUGAUACUGUAGGAACAUUAGCCGGGGCAAGAUAUUGGGAUGACGAUGUCAUGGUAGCUGUCAUCUUGGGUACUGGAACUAAUGCUUGCUAUGUAGAACGGAUGGAUGCUAUUCCUAAAUUACGGGGCAAGAUGUCUGCUUCUGGAACAACAAUUAUCAACACUGAGUGGGGUGCUUUCUCCAAAGGUCUUCCUCUAACUGUUUUUGAUAGAGAUAUGGAUAAUGCAAGUAUCAAUCAUGGUGAGCAGAUAUUUGAGAAAACAAUCUCUGGCAUGUAUCUUGGCGAAAUUGUAAGACGAGUGCUGCUGGAAAUGGCUGAAACAGGUUCCUUAUUUGGUGAAUCUAUCCCCAAAAAGUUAUCCACACCUUUUGCGCUCAGGACGCCAGAUCUAUGCGCCAUGCAGCAGGACGACUCAGAUGAUCUUCAGGCUGUUGGGUCAAUCCUAUAUGACGCUGCCGGGGUGGUAGAGAGCAACCAAAGUGCAAGGAAGAUUGUCGUGGAGGUUUGUGACACAAUAGUGAAACGAGGUGGUCGGCUAGCGGGUGCUGGGAUUGUCGGGAUUCUCCAAAAGAUGGAUGAGGAUUCAAAAGGUUCCAUCUUAAGAAAGAGGGCAGUGGUUGCAAUGGAUGGAGGGCUAUACGAACACUACCCUCAGUACAGAAACUACAUGCAGGGUGCGGUAACAGAACUUCUUGGGAUAGAACUAUCAAAAAAUGUGAUAAUUGAGCAUUCAAAAGAUGGUUCUGGAAUUGGGGCUGCUCUCUUGGCUGCUACAAACUCCAAAUAUGAUCAUUGACUACUACUUAGUUCCCACAUUUAAUUUAUUCCCACUGUAAUUUAUUCUUUUGUCCAAGGAUAAUGGUUUUGCUUUUUUUUUUUUGGUAAUGCUGUAGAAUUCAACAUUGUAGGAGGAAUAAGUGGAAGAUAACAAUAUAUAUGUAUGUAUUAGGACUGUAAACAGUAAUUCCAUCUUUGU